UCAAGUGUCCUGAGCCAUGAGCCUCUUGGGGGCGGGCUACGACAGUGGAGACGAGAGUGGUGAAGAAGGACAACAGGCUCCGGAUGCUCUUGUCAGUGACGCAUCUCCUACCUCUGCGGCUGCCGAUGCUCUUGUCAGUGACGCAUCCCCUACCUCUGGAGAUGGUGGCGACCCAUCAGAUUUGGCCCUGCUCAAGAAGCGGAAGAUCGACUACUCAAAGCUUCCAACUUCCAGGCCGCUGAAUCUGGAGACGCCCAAAGUCGCGGAAGAGGUUGAAGCACCGCUGAAAAAAGCAGCACAGCUAGCGGCCAACCCAGUGGGGCAAAGCCUGCUGGCCGCACUGCCACCGCCCAAGGUCACUUUGGGCAAAGAAACUUCGUCCAACUCCAUCAGGCUUGAUCUCUCUGACGUGAUCAAACCUCCAAGGGAGAAGAGCAAAGUGCCUGUUGAGGGACUACUGCGCCCAGACAACUUUGCUGACCCAGACGAGGAGGCAGCAGAGGUACCUGCCAACGUCUUGAACCAUCCAAUGUUUUCCACACAUGCGGUUCAACCUGAUGGUCCAUCAGCGGAAGACCUUGUGGAGUUGCGCAAGCCUCGACAGUUUGUUGAGGUCAAUGCAGAAGACAUGAAGGAUCCGGACUGGUACCUGAACAAUCAGAUCUCUGGAGGCCCAGGAUACCUCACCAAGAAGCGCGUCUCUGACGAUAUCUCCAUGUACGAUGGCCAAGGCUGGAAGCAGACGACACAUGCCAACCCCAGCCGCGUUCAAAAGCGCAAGCACCAAAUCAAUUGGCUCGCCACAGAGGCCAUGGAGAAGGAAGCCGAAAUGUUGGAACGCGGCUCUCAAAAGAUCAUGUCCAAGGCGCAGACCCAUGCCAAGUACGGAUGGUAGUGAUCGCCCCACACCAUCAUUUGAAAGUGCUGUAUCACUGUGGGAUAUCCAGAAGGGCUCCAUGUUCACUGCGCUUCUCAAGGGAUACCAUUACUAUUGUGAUUUAUUUUGUGAUCUGUUGAACUUACGUUGAACUACUUUCCCAUUUGC